AUGACGCUCGAGGCAGCCGGCACCAUCGCCGUGUCAUCGGACGAAACAAAACCCAACGUACACCUCUCACCCUCCGAUCUCUCGCAACUAUCGCUGCAAGUCUACCCACAUACGUCCUCGCCACCAAUCCCGACAUCGACGCUCGAGACGUUCGUCGACCUCAUCAAUGCGGCGUUCAGCGGGCCGAUACACAGCGCCAACUUUGGGUCGAAAUCGCGGUACAGUUCGACAGCUGAGCUGGUCGAUGAUUUGAACCGUGGGGAAGGUGGGUGGAUGUUUCUCUUAGUUUCUGCCACUGGAAUCGCUGUUGCUGGUGCAAAAGUCACCUUGGGCGGCGAGGGUAUGGACGGCGGUGCCUCCGAAGUGGUCUUCCCAAACCCAUACUACACGCCACUGCCCGCGCAGGGAAAGAUCUACUGGCUCGGUGCUCUAGGCUCGAUCACCACCGGAACAGGCUCCAUCCUCCUAGACGGUAUCAAAGCGUUCCUCGCACAACAAUCCCCUCGUUUUACACUCAAAGCCUACACAGUCACGCAGUGGGAUCAGGGUCCAGGAGGACUGAUACAGCCGCCCGAGCACAAUGCACUGGUCAAGUGGUUCGAGAGAGAGCGGUUUGAGGUGGUGGAUUAUGCGUGGAAAGAGAAGGGCACCUGGGGGAGUUUUUAUGGUGGGUGGUUGUGCGGGAUUGUUUAUACGCAUGGAGCGGAGCAGAAGCGGUAG